AUGUCUGAAGAACUUGAGCUUGAUAUUGAGAAAUAUUUAAUGACCGAGGCAACGCAGCUUCAAAAGGAUCAGGAGGUUGAACGAAUACUAUCUGCUUUCAAGCUAAAUCCGUUCGACGUACUAGAGAUUGAACCGGAAGAAUGUUCCGAAAAAGAAAUAAAGAAUACAUAUCGAAAAAAAUCAUUGCUCAUUCACCCAGAUAAGACGAAACAUCCGAGAGCGCAAGAGGCUUUUGCGCUAUUAAAAAAGGCAGAAACAGAACUAUCAAAUGAAAAAUCUCGCGCAUUUCUUCUAGCUAUAGUCCAAGAGGCACGCGCAACACUCUGUUCAGAACAAAAGCUGAAGGCCGAUGAUCCGAUUCUACAAACACAAGAAUUCCGACUCCAAAUCAAACAAAAGACCAAGGAAAUCUUGAUUGAGCACGAACUACGAAAACGGAAAUUGAUAAAGCGCGAAAUGGAAGCACAGGGGUUGGCGGCGCAGAAAGCUGAGGCUGCAGAGAAAGAGAGGAAACGAAAAGCUGAAGAAGAGAAAUUGUGGGAGGAAACUCGCGAGCAGCGGGUCAAUAAGUGGCGUGAUUUUCAGGGGAAAAAAGGUGGUGGUGCAGCAGGAUCAAGUAAAAAAAGAAAGAAGACGGGGGGCGAGUUUCGACCACCCAAGGUCUUGGCUGAGGAUCCGUCGAAACCGUAUAUUAAACGACCGACGAAUUCUUCUACAUGA